GGCACCAUGUUCACGCAGGUGAAGCGCGAACUCCUUGAAAGAAGCGCGUUUUUCCGGGGAUCCAUCCCGCCGUGGAGCGCGUGUGGAAGGGCAGUGUUUUGCAGGUUUCUAUGGCGUGUGUUGAUGUUUUUGACCAUCCUGUUUGUGGCGUUGCAGUUACUGAGUUCGUUUCAUCAGUUUUGGAACAACAAACAAACAUCGAGCUUUUUCACCAGCGACAGAAACACCAUGUGUCAACCCAAGAACCAUGUUUUCUUCCUGAAAACGCACAAGACGGCCAGCAGCACCAUCCUCAACAUCCUGUAUCGCUAUGGCGAUACUCACAACUUGACCUUCGCGCUGCCGAAGUACAUCUACCAGUUCUCCUACCCGCACUUCUUCAUGUCGCACUUUGUCAAGGGCAUGAAGUCUCGCCGAGUGACAGAGUUCCACAUCAUGUGCAACCACAUGCGCUUCCGAGGGCCUGAGGUGAGAAAGGUCAUGCCUUUGGACACGUUUUAUUUCUCCAUCCUGCGCAAUCCGGUGUCCAUGAUGGAGUCUCUCUUCACGUACUACAAAUCAAUCCCAGCAUUCCGCAAUUUCAAGACCGUUGAGGACUUUCUGCUUGACGAAGGCCGUUCUUACAGCCAUACUGUGCCUGGUAACAAUUACGCUCGUAACAUCCUGACCUUCGACUUCGGCUUCAACAACUCGGCACCGUCCAGCAAAGCGGAACUGGACGAACGAGCUGAGGCUCUGAUUUCCACCGUGGAGAGUGAAUUCCACCUCAUCCUGAUCUUGGAGUACUUCGAUGAGUCUAUGGUGUUGCUCAGACACGCCCUCUGCUGGACCCUGGACGACAUCGUGUCAUUCCGCCUGAACAGCCGAAGCGAGAAAACCCGCAAAUCGCUGAGUGUGGAAAUGACCGAGCAGGUGAAGAAGUGGAACUCGUUGGAUUGGCGACUCUACCAACACUUUAACGCAAGCUUCUGGAGGCGGAUAGAUACAUCGCUAGGGCGCACUAAGCUCCAAGAGGAAGUGGAGCUUCUCAGAGCCAGAAGGGCAGUACUGGAGAAAACCUGCCUUUCAGGGGGCGGGGCUGUGGAUCCAGCUCACGUACUUGAUUCGUCAUUGAAGCCAUUCCAGUACGGCCAAGCGGUUAUCCAGGGAUAUAACAUUCGCCCGGGAUUGGACAACGACACACACCGUUUUUGUCACAGGCUCAUCAUGCCUGAACUGCAGUACACCAGGGCUUUGUACGUUAAACAGUUCCCUAAUAUCGCUGCUCAAAGAGAUGAAGGAAAAAAGCGCCCCACCCCUGGCAAACACAUUAUAAAUGCUCAGAGGAACAGCACCAGUGCGCCUGUCACUGAGAAUCGCAACUCAACUGUACAAGCUAAUAUGCCUAUAUUAGCCAAAGACAAUAUGGAUGUUAAAGAUAAUGCUAACUCAGCUGAAGCAAAGCAACACAAAACCUAA